AUGACCCGCCUCAUGAUGACAACUGCGCUAGCCGACGAAGUUGUCUCGUCGUCUUUCUACCUGUGUGACACGGCAGUGGAGACGCCUCCAAAUGAGCCUAAAACCAACUUGGUGAAUCAAAUGGAAGCUUCUUAUCAAGUCCAGACAGCUGUCACCUCUCAAAGGGCGGAAUCGCCAAGUCAGCAGAUUUUCAACCCGAGCCCCGACGGAAGUACGAAGGACACCUCACAGUUUACCGUGGUUAGCGAAGCAUGUGACCUCAGUGACACACAGAUCAAGAGUGGAAUCGGCAGGAAUCUCUUAGGCGACCUGUCAGAACAUGACGGAAGGUAUACCUUCAUGCUUAUCACCGAAGACUGCGAGCUAUCCAAAGAUUCCGACGAUGGUGUCAUUUCAGAGGACUCUGACAUCAAACUGGACGCGGUCACUAAAGACUCCAGAAGUAAGAAGAAUCUGUGGGACAUCGACGAGCGCUGCUCGCUGAACGCAAACGGUCAUCAUGACAGACAGAGGCUUCAAGAACUGGAAAUCGCAAAUCAUCUCUUGGAGCAAAGCAAUGUGGAGUCAAAAAGCGAUGAGGAAAAUCUCACAUUUCAGCUGAAAAUGGCUAUUAAGGCCAUCGUGCCGAAUGAUAGUACCAACAAGAAGUUUGAGGAGGAUCGCGCGCAAACGGAAACGCUUUUGGCGCUGAAUCACACCUCGCUCAAUUCAUGCAUGCACACGUUAAACAGUCAACAGGUCAAGGAGAAAGAGAUUGAAGAGAAAUACAAAAGAAGCAAAAACAAUGAAGUCUUGGAAUCUAUCUCAUUCAAUCCCAAAGACGAUUUUAUACGUUUUGGUGUUAAAAAAAAGUUCAGCGUGUCUUCCGCCGUUAUCUUUCAGGAGCAACUGAGAGCAGAAAUUGAGGGUUUACAAGCCCACACCAGCAUCAAACAGCGAGACCUCGCCGAGGAAAAUGAGGCCCUCAAGGACCAGGUGGAAGAUCUUCGCCGACUAGCCUAUGACAAAAACCAAAACGCCUUGGAUUGGAACGAUACCAUGACCUCGUUAAAGUACGAGCUCAAACUGGCGAAUGAGCGCCUGGAGACUGAGCAACAAGCCCACAAAAAUUUAGCGGCUGAGUUCCAGUUGGCCCCCACCUGCCGGGCUGAGGUUGAGCGGGAUUGGUCGGACUUGAAGAAAGCUCUGCGUCAAAAGGAGGAUGAACACCUGCGACUCGCAAGCGAAGUCGCAUGUCUUCGCGACAAUGUCAAGAAACUGUCCCCGAAGCUGUCCAAGACCAAGACGCAGGCAAAUGCACUGGAGAGCGACGUUCGUCGAUAUGACGUGCAGAUGGCGGAGAAGGACAAGCAGCUGAGCUCCGCGCAGCGCGACAGCGACCAGACGGCUUUGCGUAUCAAAGAGCUGGAAGCCGCCCUGCAAGCCGAGAAGGAGCUGGCCGCUCGGGCCGCGUUGCACCAAGAAAACGCUCAGGAGCACCUCAAGCAGGUUCAGAACAAAGUUGCGUCGCUGCGGCAACGGCUGGAGGAGGCACAGAGCAAAGUUGCGGCCAAGGAGAACGCUUUGACGGACGCCAAAAAAGGUUUUGAGGAUGCCUUGUUUAAGCUUCGCAGUGAUUGCGAGGAAAAGGUCCAGCAAGGGCGGGCGGCGCAGAAGGAGCUUGCCUCCAAGGCGAAUGAAGUUGAAGCUCUUGUUUGGAGAUUGGAGCAGGAGAAAACAGAGAGGCAGGCGGCACAGACUUGCCAAAGGCAGCUGCAGCAAGAAUUAGAUGACUCCUUAAAGAAGCUCUCAAAGUGCGAAGCUUCUUUGGAGUUCAGCACGCGCUACCGCAUCGACUUGGAAGAAGAGAAGACUCGGCUCCUCCAAGACAAUGACAAGCUAAAAGCAAAGGUGGAAGAAGAGAAGACUCGGCUCCUCCAAGACAAUGACAAGCUAAAAGCAAAGGUGAAGUAAAAAAAAAAAAGAAAAGAUUCAGUGCUGCUUACAU